CUCCUCCCGAGUUUCAGCACCAUGGCCGAUCCUGGAAACAGAAGAGGGAUCUACCGCCCCUUGACCCUUACCUGCUCCCUGCUCAUUGUGGGAAUGUGCUGUGUGUCUCCUUUCUCCUGCCAUAGCCAGACAGACCUGCUGGCCCUUAAUCAAGCUGAUCCUCAGUGCUGGGAAUCUUCUUCAGUCCUCCUCCUAGAAAUGCGGAAGCCUCGAAUUUCUAACACCGUUUCAGGUUUCUGGGACUUUAUGAUCUACCUUAAAUCAUCUGAGAACUUGAAACAUGGGGCACUAUUUUGGGAUUUGGCCCAACUCUUCUGGGACAUCUAUGUGGACUGUGUUCUCUCCAGGAACCAUGGCUUAGGAAGGAGGCAAUUGGCUGGGAAGGAAGAGAAGAUUUCAACAGUGCAUCCACAGCACACAGAGAGAAAACAAGGUGUAUAUUCUCAGCAGCUAAGAACACCUUUCCUAAAGAAGAAAGAGUUGAUUGAAGGUGUGAUAAGCAUGCAUUUGCACAGAAGUGGGUCUAAGCUCAUUGGGAAAGUCACCAGUGGCCUGCAAAUAAAGAGAAAAUAAACCUAACCUCAGAGCUAAUUCACAUCUUGGAAUUAAAAAACAAACAAGCAUUGUUUCCUUGACUAUUGAUCAUUUCAUUAGUUGAAAUGGUGGGAAUGUCCAGAGGUAAAUAUUAAGCCAAAUUCUCUCAGAGUACCUACUUAUGGAUUUUCAUUAUUUUAGCCUGCUAGCAUGUUCCUUCAAAGAGUGGCUUUACUGCCACCUCAUCCCACUGUCUGAAAGAGUUAAAGUAGCUUCCAAGGAUGAUCAGGGGAUUGGGAAAGUCACAUUGCUUGUAUUCACUCUGAUUGAUUGCUCUGGGAUGCUGGAUCUUGGUGAACUAGAGUCCCAUCCAUUUAACUUGAAUACACUGCAUGACUUCCAAGCCAGUAGCCACUGCUUACGUACAGGCAUAAUGGGCUUUAUUUAUUACGAGUUACUGACUGUAAUACAUA